AAUACAUCAAUAUUAUUUUAUUUAUAUAAACGUGGGAUAUUCAUCACAGUAGUUCAAUUGUUAAUUGCCCAAGGCUUUUAAACGUUUAAAUACUCACUAAAUACAAAUUUAACUAAAUAGGUUAUUUUAGAAUAAUAUGAAGAAAUUGCCUGUACGCUGUCUUUUGAUGAUUGCAUGUUAUACAUGUGCAACAGUAAAUGGUAAUGUAUAUUUCAAAGCUGCCAAACCAAAUAAUGAGUGGUGGUCAAACACAAUACUUUAUCAGGUGUACCCACGAUCGUUCAAAGACAGUAAUAAAGACGGAAUUGGUGAUUUAAAAGGUAUUACUCAGAAACUUGACCACUUUGUUGAUCUUGGCAUAGAAAUAUUAUGGGUCGGUCCGUUUUUUAAAUCACCUAUGGAUGAUAUGGGAUAUGAUGUUGAAGACUUUUAUAUGAUAGAUCCUAUAUUUGGUACAAUGAGCGAUUUAGAAGAACUAGUUUUUGAAAUGAAUAAGCGAAAUCUUAAACUGAUAAUUGACGUUAUACCAAACCAUUCAAGUUACAAGUGCGAAUGGUUUGAGAAAUCAAUCAAACAAGAAGGAAAGUAUACAAAUUAUUACAUGUGGCAUAACGCUUCAAAUCAAGAUGAACUCACCAGUAACUCAUCAAUUACACCAAUACUACCAAAUAAUUGGUUGAGUGUAUUUGGGGGUCCUGCCUGGACAUGGAAUCAACAACGAAAACAAUUUUAUUUACAUCAAUUUAGUAAGGAACAACCAGACUUUGACUUGAGAAAUCCUGAUGUUAAGCUACAAAUUUUAGACGUGAUGGAAUUUUGGAUGGAUAAAGGUGUUUCUGGAUUUCGAUUUGAUGCUCUCAGGUUUUUAUAUGAAAAUAUUUCAUUACCCGAUGAACCAUUUAUGCCGGGGAUUAGCAAUGCAUCCAACUAUAUGGAAUUAAAUCAUAUAUAUACUCUAGAUCAACCUGAAGUUAUUAGUACUAUAUUAGAAUGGAAGGCGUAUAUGGAUAAUUAUACCAAAAGCAAGAAUAUAUCAAUUUCUAGUUUAAUGGCAACAGAAGCAUAUACAACAGUAGAUAUAUUAAUGCAAUAUUACGGCAACUCCACGAACCCUGGGGCUCAAGUACCAUUGAACUUAGCAUUAGUUAAACUUCCAAAAGAUGAUCAAAUAGUUGAAUCUAUAGAUACCAUAAUCAAAAAUUGGUUGGCCGAUUUACCGGAAAACGCAGUGGCCAACUGGGUGAUUGAAAAUCACGAUAAUUUAAGAAUUUCAUCUAAAUUUGGUGCUGAAACGGUACCAAUGUUCACUGCGUUGAAAUUAGCUCUUCCUGGUAUGGAUGUAACAUAUUAUGGUAGUGAAAUUGGAAUGGAAAACAAUAUGUAUUUGAGAUCGGAGCAAAUAACAAAUCGUUAUGUUGUGGGUGGUUCAACAGGAUCAUCGAGUUCUAGAGAUUACGUAAGGUGUCCAAUGCAAUGGGAUGAUUCCAUUAACGCAGGUUUCACUGAGGAGAAAAAGUCAUGGUUACCAGUAAAUCCAAAUUAUUACAAACUGAAUGUCGAAUCACAGAAAAAAAUACCUACUAGUAACUAUAAUUUUUACAAAAAAAUGUCUCAACUCCGAAAAACCAAAACAUUAAGAAACGGUGAUCUUCAGACGUAUAAUAUUACUAAAUCGAUUUACAUUUUAAAGAGGUCACUGUUAGAGCACGAAUCAUACAUAGUCGUAACGAACUUUGGCAGUGAAACUGAAACAGUCAUCUUGUCCAAUGUUGUACGUAAUCUCAAAGAUUACCUAUUUGUAUAUUUAGGAAGUGAAAAUUCUGCAUACAGGCCCGGAAGUAAAGUAUCCACCGUUUCGACUGGGUAUCCAUUACAACUUCGACCACAGUCAGUAGUCGUUUUAACAGAUAAAUAUAUCGAACCUGAAUUAACAAGCAAUAAUUCUAGUGGUGGUACAGAGAUGAGUUCGAGAUUAAUUAGUUUAACCUAUGUUUUUGUACUUGCAAGAUGGUUUCUAUAAGUUGGUCUUAUAUACCCAUAGCUGUUAAGCAAUAUAAGUAAUAGUAAUAAUCGUAGUAUGUAUUUUUUAAAGAAAUUUGUUUGAAUUGUAUUUUUUGUAAUAUUAAGGUUAUUUAUAUUCCUAAUUUUUGUUUUGGGUCUGUCGACUGUCAUCUAUUUUUGAAGCAAUGAAAACUGAAAAUUCUUUAAUAUCCAUCUCUGAUGGUAUUUUCUAGGACGGCGCGUAAUUUUCUGGAAAAUUUUCGUCAGGAUCUAUAAAUUCAAGAAAAUAUUUGUCAGGAAUGCUUUUGUGAUGGGAACUAAUAUUAACUGAGAAUCACUUCUUAGUAAAAUUCAAUUUCGGAAAAGUAUAUUUUAGGUUAGGUAGAUUCCUAUGAAUUAUGAACUCAUUUCACAAAUUUUAUUUUCCUGAUUUAUAAUUUAUCGGUAAAGUACUUCCCUUGUAAUAUUUCCCUGGUUAUUAUUUUGCCACGAAUUAACGAAUUAAUGUUGCAGUUAAUGAUUUCGGUAAAUCGGUAUAUUUCGGUAUUUCGGUAUUUCGGUAUAUAUAUAUAUAUAUAUUUCUGAUUUUUAUUUUCCUAACGAAUUAUUGUUCCCUCCUAUAUUUUACUUUUUCGUUUUUUUAAAUUCCUCUGUAUAACUUUCCUGGAUUUUAUAGCCCCUCAUACCUGGUAGUUUUUGACAAAAUUAUUUUAUGUGUUUUGGUUAUUAUUGAAAAAUGAACAACUUUUAAACCAUAAAUUGGGAAAAACCAUAGAUUCCAUGAAUUUUUUUUUUGGAAACGUUUUCUCGACAGACAAUUUAAAAAGACAUAAUAAUGAUAUUUAUGAUUUUUAAUUAUAUUGUAUAUAUAAAAAAUACAAUUAGGAACUGUCUUUGUUUGAAAAAUUAAUAAAUUAAAAAUACAUUGUUAGAAACAAAAUAAGUUGAGAAAUUUAAUGAACGGAAAUCAUGUUAUUUGAAAUCCAUGUAGUUUUGAAAAUUAAUAAAUGUGAAAUACGUAUUAUUAGGAAUAAACAUGGUUUGAAAAUGUGAUAAAUAUUGUGAAAUAUUUUUUCUGGGGUGGCAACUGCCCCCUCGUAACAUCCGCUACAAAUGCAGACUAUUCCUAUAAUUAUUUUGUGUAAAAAUCUCAAACAUUUGCAAAUACAUUUGUAGUUCAAAAUGCAUAAAAUUUUAAUUAUCAUAUCCAAGGAUCGAAAAUGUAAUGUAAGAUUUUAGGUAUAUAAGUUAUGAUUACAAGAAUAAAAAAAAAUUAACCUAAUUUCCUAAACAUUUUUAUGAAGAGUCUAAGAGUAAAUUUUAACAAAGUUGGAUAUAUCCACACUGCAGUGUGGAUUUCACACGUAAAAUAACAAUUUCUCCUCAAACGAAUUUAUUUUUAUUAAGUAUUAAUCAUAGAAUAAAAAUUCAAUUGUUACAUAAAUCAUCAUUUCAAUUUUCAAUAAAAUGUUCAAAUAUUUUGUCUAAUUUUAAGUCAUUUAAAAAUGUUGGACUUUUCAUAAGUGUUGAUAAACAUUUUUAAGUUACAUUAAAUAACAAUACACUUGAAAAUUGAAUACAAGAUUCCACAUGAAGUAGUUAAAAGUAGUAAAUUAAAAUAAUUGCACGUUGGGUACUUGGGUUCCAUCACUGGUUGGCCUCCCUCUUCAUAUUAUUCAAAGUUAAAAUAUUGUACAUAAAUUAUCAAAUUUACUUAUCAAGGACAGAUUGUAAAUACCUAAUAAAAUGAAAGAAUAAUAAAAAUAAUUGCGUAUACUUACACAAACGCAAAAAAAAAUUACAUCAUUGUAAAAACAAUACAAUUUGUAUUGUAUUUGUUUGCUGCCAUCUGAAUUGAGUAAUUCUAAAUCACAUGCAUUUAUUUAUAUAUUUCAUUUCGACUUCCAAUACAACCUAAACCGGAUAAAAUUAAAAUUAAUUUAGUUUUUUUUUGAUUUUUUAAAUGUAUUUAACUGUUGGACCUUCUUAGUUCUUACAUUAAUUUUGAUUCUAUUAAUAUCGAAGUUUAUUAUUAUGUUUUAAUGAAAAAUUUAAGAAAAUAUAUAACUGUAAAAUAUGUAAUACACGUAUACAUAUAUCUAUCAUCUAGGUUAUAGACUACUCUAUCGUCAUAAAUACUUAUAGAGGUGUAUAUGGUGACAUGGUGUAUCCAGUGGCGGAUGAGCGAUCCCUGCCUGGGCCAGAUGAAAAUUUGGGCUGAUAACUUAUAAAUAUUUUAUUAUUAGUCUGAAAUUGGGCCUGAAUUUUGUGUUUCCCCAUGGUUAAUUUUUAUUACCAGUCCGCCCCUGGGUGUAUCGUAUGUAUAUAAAGAUUGUUUUAGAUACUUCGCGCAAACAUAAUGUCUUGUCCGGCGUAUUGUAUAGGCAAAUUAGGUACAUUACUGCAGUGUGUCAACGCACUAUUUGUUUAUAUCUUAGAGUAAAAACAGAAAAGAUAGAGAAUAAUAUUUUUGAGGGAAUGACAUCGAUUUUAUAUUUUAUUGUUAUUGGAAUUGUAUUCGACUUUCAAAAUAAAAAUGUUUUACAUUUA